AGAGCUUUAUGUUAUUAUAGAGAGAAACAGGAGCUGAUCUGCUGAAGAAAUAGAGAGAAACAGGAGCUGAUCUGCUGAAGAAAGGAAUGACUUCCUGUUGCAAGUCUUCUCUUUUUUCUGGUGUCCACUUCCAUGCACAGUUCUAAUUUACUGUCACACAUGAAGCAAUGCCGGCAAAAGGAAUUCGUCACACUGCUGAAAGUGGGGAAAAAGUGUUCAGAAGCACCAGUACUCAGAAAACAUCCUCCACUGCUCUCCAUACAAACACACCUCACAAACAUCCACAAAAAAUUACAGGCAAAGAAAGAAAUUGCUACUGCUCAGAGUGUGGAAAGAGUUUUACUAAACAGAGUAAUCUCCAAACACAUCGACGUAUUCACACAGGAGAGAAACCCUAUCACUGCUUAGUGUGUGGGAAGAGUUUUAUUGUACAAAGUCAUCUUCAAAGACACCAGCGAAUUCACACAGGGGAGAAACCGUAUCACUGCUCAGAGUGUGGACAGAGUUUUACUCAACAGAGUAAUCUCCAAACACAUCAGCGCAUUCACACAGGAGAGAAACCGUAUCACUGCUCAGAGUGUGGACAGAGUUUUAAUCAACAGAGUCACCUCAGUACACACCAGCGAAUUCACACAGGAGAAAAACCGUUUCAUUGCUCUGAAUGUGGAAAGAGUUUUACUGAGAGACGUACUCUACAACACCACCAGCGCAUUCACACAGGAGAGAAACCAUAUCAGUGUUCGGAGUGCGGGAAGCAUUUUAGGGAGAGUGGUGCCCUCAGUAAACACCAGCGCAUUCACACAGAAGUGAAACCAUAUCACUGCUCAGAGUGUGGAAAGGGUUUUGCUCUACCGAGUCAUCUCCAAUUUCACCAGCAUAUUCACACAGGACAGAAACCGUAUCACUGCUCAGAGUGUGGGAAGAGCUUUACAAGACAUGGUGGUUUUCAAAAACACCAGCGCAUCCACACAGGAGAGAAACCGUAUCACUGCUCAGAGUGUGGACAGAGUUUUAGAGAAAGUGGUACCCUCAGGAAACACCAGCGCAUUCACAGAAGAGAGAAAUCUGUUCAGCGUGUGGGAGAAGCUUCAGAUGUUCACAUUUAAAGUCACACAAAUGCAUUAAUGGGUAAAAACAUAAGUGUGUCUGCAGACUGGGCCUAGAAAUUGCUUUGUUUUUAUGGAUUUGUUUUAGAUACUCAGCUAAAUCCUAAAGUUAAAUGCAUUUGUUUUUUUCAGGAUGUAGAGAAAUUAAGUAGGCUUUACCUCUUAUACAAAUAAAAAAAGAUACAUAUUAUUUGUAUAAUUAAAGUGUUUUUCACAAUAUAAACUUUUAUUGUGUAUUAUAAAUUAUUGUUUUUUGGAAUUUCACCUUGAUUGUUAAGUUAGGAAGAAUCAGUUCGGGCUGGUAGAUGAGAAAACAUACAUCUUUAUAAUCUAUAUGUUUUUCUCUGCCCUGUGGAGAGAGGAGAGUUGAGAUCUGGUCGAUCUGUUAACAAUUUUAUCUUUCACGCUAAACAUUCAUGUAUUGCCACAAGAACACAGUGUCUGACUCUCUAUUGGCUUAACUCAAUAAAAAAUAAAAAUAUUUCCAACAAUC